UCCGGCGCAAGUCUACGUUGUCAAAUGUCAAAGUAAUAGAUACCGGCGAUGGCUAAAUUACGGAUUUGUGUUUUUAUUUUACUUUAUAUUGCCGCAUUCGGCUAUUCUAACAAAGUAGACACAAUAUCCCCUGAUAUUAAAAUAAAGAAUGUCGACCGCUACAUCGAUAUAUCUUCACAACUUGUAAAAAUCGUUUCUAAACUAACCUUGGAGAACUCCGGUAAAACACUGCUAAAGAGCUUUCUAUUGACCGUAGAGGGUGAUAAAAAAGAGAAUUUAGCAUUCAUAGGUGCAAAAGACUCCAGUGGAAAUGAAUUAAAACUAGCCGCAACUACUGUGAAGGGGUACGACAAUCUGAAGUUCUGGCGUGUGGAUUUGAAGGAAGCAAUCAACGCCGCGGCCUCAGCGGUCAUCACCACCGAGUCGGUGUUCACUAAAGCGCUGCUGCCGUAUCCUACGGAAAUCACCCAGCAAGAAGACCAGCUCGUCAAGUACAACGGAAACCUGUACUUCUUUACGCCGUACCAAGUGGCAUCGCAGAAAACGAGCCUCGUUCUAAAUACAAAAUCCGUGGAGUCAUUCACCAAAGUGAAACCGUUCUCCCAGCAGGACGGUACCGUUUCGUACGGCCCCUACUCGAAUAUCGGUCCAUUUACUGAAAAGGAAUUGAAUGCUCAUUACAAGAAUAACUCCCCGUUCCUGACCGUCACUCGCAUAGAGCGGUUGAUCGAAGUGUCUCAUUGGGGCAACAUAGCCAUCGAAGAGACCAUCGAGGUCGAGCACACCGGAGCCAAGCUCAAGGGACCGUUCUCCAGAUAUGACUACCAACAGGACCACCACAGUGGACCAGCGAGUGUACGGUCCUACAAGACCUUCCUCCCGGCUUCUGCCGCCGACGUCUACUACCGCGACACCAACGGUAACAUCUCCACCUCCAACAUGAAGCUGAAGAAGGAUUCUGUUGAAUUGGACCUGAGACCGAGAUAUCCCUUAUUUGGAGGUUGGAGAUCUCACUACACACUCGGCUACAAUGUGCCGAGCUAUGAAUACUUGUACCACUCUGGAAAUGAAUAUCUGCUCAAGAUGAGGGCUGUCGACCACAUAUUUGAUGAUAUGCAGAUUGAAGAGGUGAGAACCAAGAUUAUCUUGCCGGAAGGUUCUAUAGGCAUCAAAGUCAACUUCCCCUACCCUGUGACAAGGCUGCCUGAUAGCUUGCACUACACCUACUUAGACACAAAGGGACGUCCGGUCAUUUCUUUCACUAAGAAGAAUGUUGUGGAAAACCACAUCCAAGAUUUUCAGCUUCGCUACACAUUCCCACCUCUUCUGAUGUUGCAGGAGCCUCUUCUCGUUGUAGGUUUCUUGUAUGCACUAUUUAUUUGUGUGAUUAUUUAUGUAAGACUAGACUUCUCUAUUCAUAAGUCAGAACAACACAAGGAGUAGUGAAUUUGCAUUUAAUGAUAUACUAAUAAGUAAUUA